GUUAACCUUAAAACGUCGACAAACGACAAGUAGGCGUUCAUACGCCGGUUAAUUAUUAUAAAACAAUUUAUAUUUUCUAUUAAUUACAAGUAAUUAUUUAUUGAUUGGAGAAAAUUUAAAACACCCGCCAAGAUGACUAUCGGGAAAAACAACAAGAUGUUGCAACACAUCAACUAUCGCGUGAGAAUAAUUCUCCAGGAUAGUAGAACAUUUAUAGGGACAUUCAAAGCCUUUGACAAGCACAUGAACCUGAUUCUCGGUGACUGCGAGGAGUUUUGCAAGAUAAAGCCAAAAAAUACCAAACAGCCUGAGCGUGAAAAGAAGCGAGUCCUUGGUUUCGUUUUGCUACGCGGAGAAAACAUCGUAUCCUUAACAGUAGAAGGACCUCCGCCACCAGAAGAAGGUCUUCCUCGUGUGCCGAUACCUGGUGCAGCUCCAGGUCCCGGAAUGGGACGCGCAGUUGGUCGCGGUAUGCCCGCUAAUGUUGCUGGUGUUCCUGCGGGUCUCCAGGGUCCUGUUCGCGGUGUCGGUGGACCUUCUCCGCAGAUUAUGACUCCAGCUGGUCGUGGACAAGUAUCAGCUCCACCACAAAUGCACCCAGGCGCUCCACCGAGGAUGCCAGUCAGCGGACCUCCUCCUGGUAUGAUGGGACCACCUCCAGGAAUGAUGGGUAUGCCACCAGGAAUGCCUCCAGGUAUGGGUCGUGGUGGCCCACCAAUAGGGCCUCCAGGCAUGCGAGGACCUCCUCCGGGUAUGAUGCGUGGCGGGCCACCUCCACGUCCUUACUAAAAGUAAUUUCUCAUCUUUUUCAACUCACUUAUACCUUUUACUUAUGAUAAUAAAAAAAAAUUAAUUAUUUGUCAAUCAAUCAAUCAAUUAAUUGUAAUAAUAAGACGUUCGAUUAAAUAUAAAUACUUCUUUAUUUCUUAUG